AACAAGAAGAGACAUUUGAGGGUGGCUUCACUUGUGCUUUGGAGGCUCUUUUGUGAGGUUUCCAAAUUUUCUAGUUUGAUACAGGCAAAAAUGCAAAUUACUUCUAAGAAAAUUUUAGUUUUUUUCUCCCUUUUAUCUUUCAUUUUAUUUUUAACAGGCCCGGUACUGAAGAAAAAGUCAUUUGAUUGUCGUCGACAAACAACGACAAAAGAUUAAAAGAGAAAAAGGUGUCGACUUCAUCAGUUUGUCGAGCACAUUUCCACUAUCUUCGAAUUAAAGAAAUUUGUGGGGCAUAAAACAACCAAGUCAACAUGGUGGUGUUGUUCCUUCACCUCAUUGAUAUAUUGCUUACUCAAUAACCCUUGACUCGGCUGAUCGUUUUGAUAAUCAUAUUUUGAAGAACAUAGAUAGUUUUCUCAGAGCAUUUUGUUCUGAUAUUCAAACCGUCCUUGUUCUAUUUCGACUACUUGGUCAAGAAUCCAAACUCAUCAAGUAUGCAGAGGCCAAAGCAGCCAAAGCCUAAGCCAAAGCAACAGAAGCCGAUGCCAACAAAAUGGAUAGAAUACAUCAACGAUGAUCGUCUCAGACUGGCAAUUCCUGUUGGACCCCGUUUCCAAGCUGAAAUUCCAGCUUGGACUGGUCCACCUCACAAGGACUGUUCUCACAAUGAAUCAGAUACUUCAAAAUGGUUGGGCAUCCAAGUUUGGCCAAUCAAAGGCAAUGGUCCAGAUACAAAAGCUGGUGUGGUUGGGAGAGGGAGGCCCGAAUUUUGCCCAUGUGUCUCCCCUGGAUCUAUCGAAUGCGUUAAACGCCACGUCACUGACAAGAGGCUCCAGCUGCAGUUUGGUUUGGGUCCCGCCUUUUGGAAAUGGAGAUUUGAUGAGAUGGGACAAGAUGUUUCGAAGUUGUGGAAUUUAGAGGAGCAGAGAAAGUUCGAUUAUCUUGUGAAAUCGAAUCCCAUAUCUCAGGGUAAAAGUUUUUUGAAGCCUGCGUUGGAGCGUUUGCCUUCCCAGCACAGAGAAGCCAUAGUAAGCUACUACUUCAAUGUCUAUGUACCUCGGCGCAUGAGUAUCCAGACCAGGGCCGGAUGCAAAAUUACUGACACCGAUGACGAUGAGACCGAUGAGGCCCCUCAUUCAAAAAGUUCCCGAAAAAGGUGCAGAGCCGAUAGCGUUACCUCGAGCAGUAGUAAAUAUGUGAAGACCAGGUACUUGACUGGGCGAAGAUGACUAUCUUACUCUUUUCAGACCCCGAUUGAGGUUAAGAGAGAUGUUUUGUAUUGUAAUGUGUAAAACAGGUAAAGCACAUAAAAGUGUUUGGGUUCAACUGAAAAUGAAAAAUCAUGGUAAACUCUUGUAUCUCGCGAUCCUUUUUGUUAGCCAUUGGUUUGUUUUUGUAUCUGAAUUCAGCUCUGAACUAUGUAAUUUACUAGCCUGACUAGUUUUGUCUUUUUAAACUUGAGACAAUUUUCUUGUGGUUUUUUUUUUCUUUUGGGGAUAUUUUUAUGUUGAUGUUCUUUGGUAAAUGCCUACUUUGAACGUUACCUGGUAUGA